AUGGCAGGCGAAAAAAUCAGCUCAAUCCCUCCCCCGGCGUACGAACAACACCCCGGCCCCGAAACCCACCAGCCAGCUCCUAUGGUCCCUCAAAACGCACACAUGCAGCCUCCAUCACCCCUCCCCGAACACCAUCCCCAGCAGCAACCGGUGUCGCAGCCCCCAGUACAGGAAUACCACAAAGCAGGCCCUGGAACGGGCCGCCCAAGCGGGUACAACACCGCGACACCGCUGCACGCGCUGCAGCGCGGGCCGACGCCCGUCGACUGCCCUGUAUGCGGGUCUCGGGAGAUGACGAGGGUGGAGGCGCAGACGGGGAAUACCACGCAGUAA